UUUUGUUUGAGUUCGUCGAACGUCUUUGAUACGCUGUGUUCGUUGAAGGAAUUUCUUUGUUGCGUAGUUUGCAAAAUGAACAUUUUACGUCUUGGUGCUUAAUUUCGAAAUCUUAAAAUAAUUGUAGUGUGUGAGAGUUGUUUUACCCUUAGCGUAUUAAAAUGUCUAGCCGUUCUCAGUUAUUUGUUGGGCGACUUCCAAUCGAUAUUCGUGAGCGCGAUGUGGAACAAGUUUUUGAGAAAUAUGGCCGACUACUUCGUUGCGAUGUGAAAUAUGGAAUGUUUGGAUCUACCGGAAGAAGAGGUUCUGGAAGAACUGGUAUGGCGUAUGCUUUUGUUGAUUAUGAUGACAGACGGGAUGCUGAAGAUGCUAUCAAAUAUGAAAAUGGACGAGAAAUCAAAGGUCAGAGCAUAGUAGUAGAGUGGGCAAGAGGUCCUUCCUAUAGAUCCAGGGAUAGUUCAAGUUAUCCAAGGAAUUCCAAUUUUCGGAGAGAUAGUUAUGGCCGUUCAUCACGUCAGAACAGUGAAGAGUGUUAUCGAUGUCGCAGAACAGGCCAUUGGGCCCGAGAUUGCCCUGAUCAAGAUAGAGAUCGUUAUUAUCCUCGAUCAUCUCGGAAUCGUUCUCGAUCACGAUCCAGAUCAAGGUCAUAUCGUAACAAGCGAAGUUUAUCAGGCAGCCGUUCUAGAAGCCGUGAUCGACGUAGGAGAAGUUUUUCUGGAUAUCGUCAAAAGAGCAGAAGUACAAGCAGGGAUAAGAGAAUGAAGUACAGGUCUCCUAGUGGAUCAGCAUCACCCUCAAAAUCUCGAUCUCGAACUAGGUCCAGAUCUCUUGAUAAGAAUCGUAGGAAACCAGAAAAGUCUAAGAAGAAAACUAGAACACCAAGUAAAUCUGUCUCUAGAAGUCGCUCUCCUCCAAGUAAGAGUGCCAGUCGUUCUCCCAGUUUUGAUCAUAAAGACAGGUCGCCACCUAAAAGUCCUGAAAAUUACAACUAUGAAGAUAAGCGGGAAAGCCCUGAAUUUGAAAAAAAUCGUAGUAGGAGCCGCAGCCCUCGAAAAAGUAGUAGCAGAAGUUUGAGUAAGGAAAAGACAACAAGGGAAUAUGAUAAUGAAAGUGAUAGUCCUACUAGAAGCAAGUCUCGUUAAGUUUUUAAUCGCAAAGUUAUCAUUCAUGCUUAUUCUUUGUUCAUUUUAUUAUUACCAUAAACUGAAAUUCCAACAUCUUAGCCUUAAGAUACUAUGCAGUUGUCAUUAUCAUUGGGUGUUUUCUUUUCUUUAUGUAAUCUGUGACUCAAUAAAGUUUGACUUAAAAUUGUG